AUGUCUCUCCUCCGCUUCCUCGCGAAAAGAGGAGGAGGAAAAGGUGGCUUUGAUGUCUCAGGUCGUUGCGUUCGAAGUGCGCGUGUUUUUCGAAGGAGAACAAUGAACAAUGAUGCGUACCACAAAGAACUCCUCGUCUCGCAGUUCCCCAUGUCCUCCGCGCAAUCGAAAACGAGGAACCGAUUGCUCGCGUUCUCCUCCGCGUUCGCAUCGAUAUACAUCGGGUAUUACUCGUUUCCAAUAGUUUCGGACGGGAUGAUAAACUCCGCGGUGUACAUGGUGGAACACGAGAGCAAUUUCAUGCGCAAACGAGGCUUGUGGAGAAGCGAGUGGGUGUUGACUACGUUUCCUGAUAGUACGUACAAUACGGCGAAGAAGUGCGUGGAGAAAGGCAUGUUAGAGGUGGUUUUGAAUUUGUGCGAACUGAAAGAGAAGGAGACGGACGAGGACGUCAAAUUGGGGGCGAAGAGAGUGCUGGUGAUGCUGGCGCAAUCAGAGAGCGGACGGAAACGGGUGGACGGCGACGGGAAGUUAAGGAAACGCGUGAAGCGAGCGGCGCCGGAGGCGCUUCUCGCGCCAGAGCCGACGCGGUGA